GGCUCAUUGUGCUGUGUGCAGCUCCUCUCUUGCACAUAUCUUCGAGCAUAUUGUCCGUAUUCUGAUUAUUUGUCACCACAUCACAGGAACCUUUGCUAAAUUUAACGUAUAUUAGAACACCGACAGCUUGAUAAAACUGCAGUGUUGACCUCCUCAGGCUGACUCUGAGACUGUUACAUUUACAUGCAGCAAAAUGUUUGCUUCUUUGGAUUUUGUUGCACUAGUCUGGACUCUUGUUUAACUUCAGGAUCAUAAGAACAAGCUUAUCUGAUGGAGGCCAUGAAAGAAGUCGCAUUCUGAGAUUUGUGAGAGUUGUUUUUCUCUGCUCUGUGCAUUUCAGUGCUACAGAGUGAGUGAUUUAUUUUUGGAACCUGUUUUCCAAAAACUGACCUGGGUAGAUUUUUAAGAUAGUCUGAACUCGCAAAAGCUGAAAUGCCAGUCAGUCCAGUAUUUAAGUCAGACUGACAACAGAGGCACCAUAAACAGCGACUUCUCUGACAGACUGCCGCUGCUGAGUUUAAGAACCAAAGGCAGAGGGUUACACUAAGCCUGAGUGCUGUCUCGCAGAAAAUGAAAGCUCAGAUUGUGUUCCUGCUCGUUGCUCUUGUGGUCGGACUCAAAGCGGCGCCCGAUGGUUCCCACGGAGACCUUGAAGUUCUUCCAGAUGACGUAGCCAUACCCGAAAUUUUGAACGCCAGUUGGGUCGACUUGAACAAAGCCAACGAAAACUCAGAGAAUGCAAAAGGAAAAGAUGCCAGCUUGGGAUCGUGAGGGGGAACAUCUUUGAAAACCGACGGACACAAGCUUGGAGCCAAAAGAUGUUGAAUAAACACGGCAAUGAAAUACGUGUGCUUAUGUUGCACAUUCUCAUAUUAAAGGGAUAAAGAGUGUGAAUCAGUUUUAAAAUGGAAUCCGAGCUGGCUUUAUUAGGGGCUUAUAUUAAAAAAUGAUGUUAUUUAAGAAUAUUAAUUUUCUUUGGUUAUUAAGUCUGAGAUUUUUCUCAGUUUAUUGUAUCCCUGUAUAAUAACAUAAUAGAUGUUAUGAUAUUAUUUCAUGCACACAAUGGACUAACACUCCAAAAAUGCAACUGUCGUGGCUGCAUGUAGCAUUAUAUUUCAAAGAAACCAAUUAUCCAACCUGAACAUUUUACUAAAAAGUCAUCAGAAUGGAAUUCUGAAAAAAAAAAAAAUAUAUAUAUAUAUAUAUACAUACAUAUAUAUAUAUGUAUAUAUAUAUAUAUAUUUCCCUUCGGGGAUAAAUAAAUAAAGGAAUUCUGAUCAGCAGGAAGUGAAAUGUCUUUUCAGUCUCUUAUUACAAUACUUUUCACGUCAAAGAAAACAAAUGUGUUUCUACAGAGAAUGUAAUUUACAGUGGAAAACAUAAAUACUGUGUUCAGUUUUCUGCUAGCUGUUUUUGGAGACUGAUUUUACUUUGUUUCACUUUAUUGCCUCCACAGAAAAGUUGCCUGCAGGCACAUGAAAAAACAUGGAAAAAACAUGUACAGACAAAUUUUUUAUAUGUUUCUCUUUAAUCAUUUUAGAGCUCAGGAGACGUUUUUGGUAUUUUAUCACAUUUUUAACGUUUACCAGUAACCCACUGAUGAAAUCAGUGCUGCAUUGGAUGGGAUAUAUUAAUAUUACUACUGCUUGUGAAUGUAGAUUCAUAGAAUUUCAAUAUCUGACGUAUAAACUCCUCUUGGCCUUUAGCAUGUCGCCCCCUAGUGGUCCAUUCGUGUAAAUACCAACAUAUUCACAGUCUACACAAACAGCAGCUGAACUCUCCUAGAAAUUAAAUCAGCCAAACUAACCAUAUUUAAUAUCCCUCUUUGAGAGGCUAAUAGUCGAAAUAAAUAGUUUUAGAAAAAGAAAAAUAUGAAGAGGAGCCGCAGUGAAACAGCAGCGCUUCGGGCCGUUAUGUGAUAGUGUGACACAAAUGUCAACAGAGUCUUUUCCCUGAAGAAAGUGGACGCUCGCUGGCUGCCAUGUGAUCCAUCUGCCGAAGCCAGCCAGAAAGUCAGCCGUCAUUUGCAGCCUGUUGCCCGGUAAGCGACACCCUUCUUCCUCCGUGCCGUCCAACUGAACCGCAACACGUCGCCUUUCUUUCCCUCGCCGUCUGCCGCGUCAUUCCUCUUUAAUUCAGUGUGAGUUUCCAGCGAAGUUUACCGGUGAUCAGGCCCUUUCGGCGGGAGCAACAUGCGCUCCGUGGCGGGACUGGCUGCCAUCGUGGCGGCGGCAAGUGUCUACCUCUACCUGCUGUCCACCCAUCUUCCCCCGGGACCGCAGCCCGUCCGGCCGGACUCCGAGGGGCAGGACGAGGGGGUCCAGGAGUACAGGCUGAAGUUCCCGUCGGAUCUGGAUGAGCUGCGGGAGCUCGCGGAGAUGCUCAAGUUUUAUAAAAGAGAACAUCACGGCUACGUUCUGCUGCUGUUCUGCAGCGCUUACCUCUACAAACAGUCCUUCGCCAUCCCUGGCUCCUCCUUCCUGAACAUGUUGGCUGGUGCGAUAUUCGGGCCCUGGGAGGGUCUGGUCUUGGCCUGCCUGCUCACCACUACUGGCUCCACAUUCUGUUUCUUGCUCUCCUCUGCGUUUGGAAAGCAACACGUGGUUCAGGUCUUCCCUGAGAAGGUGGCCCUGCUGCAGAGGAAGGUGGAGGAAAAUCGUAGCAGCUUGUUCUUCUUUCUCCUUUUCCUCCGUUUCUUUCCUAUGACUCCUAACUGGUUCCUUAACAUCACCUGUCCUGUCCUCAACAUCCCUAUGCCCAUUUUCUUCUUCUCUGUGUUCAUAGGUUUGAUCCCCUACAACUUCAUCUGUGUUCGCACGGGCUCCAUCCUCUCAGAGAUCUCCUCUCUGGAUGAUAUCUUCUCCUGGGGGACGCUGGCCCAGCUCCUGGCCAUCGCUCUCAUGGCUCUCGUCCCCGGAGCGCUCAUCAAACGUUACAGCAAAGCUCACCUCAAGGUGGAUGGCUUGGACAGUAAUGGAGCCAGCCAGGCUGAAAUCAGGCAGGACAGGAAGAGAAGAUGAUCCUGGGAUAAAAGAGGACUCAUCGGGUUUGGUUUGACUCCCAACACGACAUGGUGACAGAAGAACCGAGAUGGAAAAAAAAAAACUCUUCACUGACCCUCUGUGCUCUUCAGCCUCGUGAUUUCUGGAAGGUCACGCCAAAGGCUCAUCAUACUCAGAGUGUGAUGUGUUCAGAAAGUUUGGAAAUGUCUUCGGGUCUCGUUACACCUUUAAGACUACAGCGUUUCAAAGAUCUCUCAGUGCUAAUAGUUAGAAAUUAGAAACCCAAUAGAAAUAUUUGGGUUUACAAAACAAAUUGGGUUUACAAAACAACCUCAACUUAAAAGUUGAGGUUGAAACAGCAGCUUUCAAAUGAACUUUAUCACCACGAUUUUAAAAAUUGCCUUUUAAUGUUUCUUCAGUUUCCAACCAGGGCCAACCACAGGCUCCCUGUUUUGCAAUAAGUUAUUAGUGGUUUGUUGUGUGUUGUGAUGUUGUUCUGCUUUUCCUACCCCGUAACUGCAGUUGUGCCACCGUGCCGAGUUAUCACUAGAGCUUGAAAAGUAAUUUGCUCUAAUUUGCUAGAGCUGCACAGGAAGCUCAACUUGACCCUGCUGUGGAGAAAUCUGUUCCAGAUGUCCUCACAAGCUGUCGCCGUUUGCUGUCAUCGUUGAUUUUACAGUCUGCUGUGCAUUGGGAAAUCAGACAGUGAUGUUGAUUUCUUCUACUACUCAGUGACUCAGUGUGCAGCCACUUUGGUUCCAGCAGGAGUUGCAUGGAAAAAAAAAUGUUUGAGCACAUUUGGACUUUGAAUCGUCUCAAGGUUGAACGCGUCUGUCUGUUCCUGAAGCGCUUACAUGCGUCUUCAGACGAGUUUUACAGCAACUCUGAGCAGAUCAGAUGUGAUUCUCUCAUGAUGGUCUCAGCUAAGGUGAAGACAAAAUGAUUUUUAACACCAACAUUCUGUAACUUUGGUGCUUUUUCUGAACUCAUUCACUUGUGUUGUGGAGUUGGCAGCUCGCUAAAAUGCACCCUGCAAGCACAUUUUCCAAAUAAUUCUCACCAGCUAACCUUUGCCGAGCCGGCACACAUAACAUCUGGAGUUACACACAUUCUCACCUUGUUGCUGCCGAGCACAAUAACAGUCUUUUACUGUGACAAAUGUUUACUUGCUCAAGAGCACCUUGACAUCACCUAAGGCAGAAGUUUUACCGGCUCCCCUCUUCAUGAAACGCAGAGUUCUACGAUGUAAUCAGAAGCAGAUCACUCGUGUACACUCUGUAGUUGUUAAGCCACUGGACGUUAGCACAGAUUGAGGUUUGAUCUUCUCAUCCAACACAAGAAGAACACAGCCUUCCUGCUGCUCAGUUUCACUCUUUAACAGAAUUUAACCUGGAAACAGUCAUGAGGGGCUCUGGCAUCUUGUGUUGUUGUGAAUACGAGACCUUUAACUUAGUGUGGUGUUGCACUUUAUGCCUGCUGCUGUCAGGGUAAGAUAAUCGUCUGUUGAUUGACUGAUAUACUGUUUAACUAUAGGGAAAUGUUUGGUUUAUUUUUUUAAUCAAUAUUUUGAACAGUCUUAAAUCAGAAGCAACUUACAAGUGUGCUUGAAAUUCAGCCGUGACUGUAGCACAGAAUGGCACAGUCUACAACUUAAGUCAUUGCUUUUUACUGUAUGUUUUAGAGGUAUUUCGUGUUAAAAAGACAGUUCACCCUAAAAUCAAACGUAUUUCCUGUAGUGCUGUUUAGCCAUUGAGCUUGUUUUGGUGUGAGCUGCAGAGCUUUGGCAAUAUCAGCCAUAGAGAUGUCUGCCUUCUCUUGAAUAUAACAGAACCAGAUGGCGCUUCACUUGUGGUGCUAAAAGAGCCCAAAAAAUACAUUUAAUAUACAACUCAACAGCAAUGUCUCCUUCCAGAAACCAUGACCCAGUUACUCAAGAUAAUCCACAGACCUUGUUGUGAGCAGCUUCAUGUAGGAAUUAUUUGACAGUGUAUUUAUGAUUUUGGGGUGAAUUGUCCCUUUAGUGUCAAAAGCUUUUGUAAAAUGUAUAUGUAGCAUUUUGGAUAUCAGCUCUUAUAUUGUCGUCUGACAGUGUAGGGAAGUUCAGGAAACGUCGGCAUUUCCACUGUUGAGUUCUGGGAAUGUAAAAAAGACCCAAAGUGCCAAAUAUCCUGUUCACUUCCCCGCAGCGAAAUAAAAUAAAUCCAAGAGGU